AUGUGUCUGCGCAGGCGUGAUGCUGUCUGUCAGCUUAACUCUUUCUCUUUUUGCCGUUUUUUUUUUUUUUUUUGGUGUGUGUGUGUGUGUUUGCUUUGUUUGCGCCAUCAAUUCUUCAUGAAAAGAGCGUUUAGGGAGGCGAGAGAGGGGGGUGAACACGGGUGUGUCCUCAGAGGCGUGGGGGGCCGCCACCCAAUGGCCCGUGACCGCAUGGCCGAGUUCAUCUCCCUGGUUCCGCACCGUGGGCGGGGGGCGGCCUCGCACGGCAACAUCUACGGCGGCAACGGCAAUAACGGCUGCGAGGGGACUGAACGCGGCGCCAUGUGGCUGCCAAUUGACGAUGAAACGCGACCCAUUUUCACGUCACUUUCUAAAAUACGGCAGCAGGUGGAGGCACUGGAGGCGCUGCACGUAGAGCAACUGGUGGAGAUGUGCGCAAGGAAGCGGGAGGCCGUACACGAUGCGGUGGAAAAGAUUUGUUCCGAGUGCCACUUCUCUCGGGAAAUGAUUCACAAAUACAAUCGCGCCACCAAGCAGCUGGCAGAGGGAGUAAAUACCAACCGUCGGCCCAUAAACACGGCGGAGCUGCGUAUGCGACACAACAUUGCCAUGUUUAUGGAGUGUCAACUGAUGCAAAAUGUACGCACCAUGUGGAUGGAACAGAAGGCUCAAGAAGAACGUUUGGUUGAUGCUACUGCAAGGCGUCUCAAGGCGCGUUUUGGGGUUGUUGGGAAUAGCGUUAAUGAGAAUUUCAAUCGGGGUGAGAUGACUGUUGAAAACUCCUUUGAGAUUGCGCGACGGCUUGUGGCGACAGGCAAUGAGGAUCGGUCGUUUUCCCUGGCCCGGGAUGAACUGGAGCGGGUGACGCGCACACGGGAUGCUGUAUUGGAGCUUGAGCAGGAGAUGCAGGAUCUCCUGCAACUUUUUAGUGAUCUGCAACUUCUUUUGCAAGGACAGCAUGAGCAGCUCAUAUUGAUUCAGCAGAAUGUCGAGAAGGGUUGUCAGAAUCUUGUGGCUUCUGCAGGACAUCUUCAGGCGGCAAAGCAACACAAGAAAAAAUCUUGCUGUGUGCUCCAGUAG